CCGAGCGGUGGCCGUACUUUCGUUCGUAUUGAUCUCGUGGCGGCGAUGGCGACGCAACGUGCUCGUGUGCUUGGUCUGUACCGAGAUAUCCUGCGACUGCACCGGCAGAAGCUUGAGCCUGUGAUGCGUGUUCUGGGCGAUCGGUACGUCCGCGACGAGUUCAAACUGCACAAGACCGCCAAACCAGAGUUUAUCAAGGGAUUCCUCACCGAAUGGGAAAACUACCGCACCAUGUUGCAGGAGCGACAGACGCAUUUUGGGCAAGACCUGAGCGCCGAAACACGCAAACUCCUUGACGACGAACAAAAGAAGAAGCUCCAGGACCUGCAUGCCGCCGCCACCAAGCCCACCAACUCCACAUGAGAUAUACUGCAUGCAUUCAAAGCCAUCCAUGAACAAGUUGUGCUCCUUCGUGGGGUACGUUGUAUCAUACUCUAUUACUCAACAAUGUGCUGUGCUGGCUGGUCAAACCAGCUGUGUAUCGCGCGGAAAAGUGUCGGCAACUUCACGUCGAGGAGAUCCGCCGCCACUUCCUCCAAACGCCCGAGAUCGGGCAACAUUGCGUCCGACACCACGGCAUCAACUUCGCGCACUUGCUCCAGGAGCUCUACAGCCACACAAUCAUCGUCACCGAUUCCCGUAUUGCGACGAGUCCUUUUACCUUCCCAGGACAGGACCGCAAAGCACGGCGAC